AUGGCAAUGAAAAACUGCAGUGCUAUCAGUGAGUUUAUUCUUCUUGGACUGUCGGCUGACCCCUACAUUGAGGCCAUACUCUUCGUGUUGUUCCUUCUGAUUUACUUCCUUACUCUGACUGGGAACUCCUUAAUGCUUCUGGUGCUCUCAGCUGAUCCUCACCUGCACACACCCAUGUACUUCUUCUUAAAACAACUGUCCUUCCUCGACCUCUGCCACUCGUCUGUCACAGCGCCCAAGAUGCUGGAGAAUCUUCUUCCUGAAAGCAAAACCAUCUCUGUAGAGAGCUGUUUGGCUCAGGCCUUCUUUGUAUUUGCCACUGGCGGCACAGAGGCCUGUCUGCUGGCUGCGAUGGCCUAUGACCGCUAUAUUGCCAUCAGCUUCCCUCUGCUCUAUGGCCGGGUGAUGAAUAACCAGCUCUGUGUUGGGCUGGUAUGGGUCUCCUGGGGCCUGGCCUUUGCUGAUGCUCUCCUCAAUAUCCUCCCGGCUGUGAAUUUAGACUUUUGUGAGGACAAAACUAUUCCCCACUUCAGCUGUGAGCUGUCUUCUCUCUUUCCUCUGUCUUGCUCUGAUACCUCCACCAACUUUACACUCCUGCUCUGUUCUUCUGUCUUUCAUUUCUUUGGAACCCUUGUUUUGAUUGUGUCUUCUUAUGUCCGUAUUGCCUCUACCGUCAUGAGGGUCAGCUCCACCAUGGGCAGAAGCAAGGCCUUCUCUACCUGCUCCUCCCACCUCACCACAGUGAUCUUGUUCUACGUCUCAGGUUUCAUCAGCUAUCUCUUACCAACUUCAGGUUCCCCUCUGGAGAUGAUCUUCUCCUUGCAGUACAGUCUGAUCACUCCCAUGCUGAAUCCCCUCAUCUACAGCCUGAAGAACAAGGAGGUGAAGGCAGCUGUGGGAAGAAUGCUCAGAAAAUAUUUUUAUUCGCUCAUGUAA